AUGGCACUAAAGGAUGCUCUGCUGCAUAAUAUUCAUAAGGAUAUUAGUGCACCUACACUGCACUGCACUUUAUCUCUUCCGUUUGCUAAAUUUAGUUUUCAUAAAUCACGAAUGGGUGACACAGUUUUAGUUAAUGUAACUAUAGAAUUAUCAAUUGCCGUUUUUAUUGGUGAUUUGGAGGAUGUUUUUGUAGUUUUCCCUAGCGAUCCAAAAAUUUUUGUUUGCAUUGGUAUUUUUACUGGUGAUAAAGUUCUGGAUCUAGUAAUUACUACUGGUGGUAGAGAUGGUGUUCUUUAUUGUGAUGAAGGUCUAUUAUACUUAAUAAGUAAUGAAGUUCUGGAUGUAGAAAUUGCACUUGCUCCAAUCUUCGUCGGUGUGAUUGGUGCUGAUGAAAUUCUUCUAUGUGGUGAUUUGGAAUUAUUACGUGAAUAUCGAAAUUCAACCGACAAUUAUGAGUUUUCUACCACAUUUUGCUUAUUCUGUGCUUCUUCUUUUACAGGCUUACCGGCGGAAGUAUUUCUCUACUGGCAUCAGUAUCCUUAUUUAUUCGGAUUGCCAUUUUGCAAGAUACGCGCAUUUAUUUCCGAAGCUUCAACGUAUGUUUCUGUGUUGACUAUUGUGGCAUUUUCUACAGAACGUUUUCUCGCAAUUUGUCAUCCAUUGCAUCUCUACGCGAUGAGUGGUUUUAAACGUGCUCUGCGUAUUAUUACUAUUUUAUGGACUGUUAGUUUUAUUAGUGCUAUACCUUUUGGUCUACUGACUGAUAUACAAUAUAUGAACUAUCCUUUGGAUAACUCAACUAUAGCAGAUUCAGCUUUUUGUGCAAUUAGACCUUUUGACUUUCCUUUUUUCGAGAUUUCAUUUUGUGUCUUUUUUGUUAUACCGAUGAUACUCAUUAUAAUACUCUAUGGCAGAAUGGGCGCGCAAAUCCGAUCAAGAACUACUCAACAAUUGGGUGUUCAACAAGGUUCCAUGCAUAGGGAAUCGAGGCAUCAACAAUCACGUAGAGCUGUGAUACGUAUGUUGGCCGCCGUUGUUGUAACUUUUUUCGUUUGUUGGCUGCCAUUUCAUUUGCAGCGUCUAUGGUUCCUUUACGCCAAAAACUAUGAGAACUAUAACGAUGUUAAUGAAUGGAUAUUUGCGGUGGGCGGAUUUGCCUACUAUAUUUCUUGCACCAUUAAUCCGAUUUUGUACAAUGUCAUGUCUCAUCGAUAUCGAGUGGCAUUCAAGGAUAUACUUUGUGGAAAGCGCAAGAGUGUUUAUUACAACAAUGGAUUCGUAAGGGAUCAAUCCAGCUUUCGCGAAACUACAAUAGCGACUAGUGUGGGCGGCAAUUGCAAUUACGAUCGAGUGCAUUCGGUACGUGUACGGUCAGUACGUAUAUCAAACAAUAUCAAAGAUAGAAAUUCUAUUAACUCAAACAACGAUCUCUGGAUAAAGAAACCCGAAUUUAAGCUUCCACUGCAGCAAGAUCUGCCAGAAAACACUAAUACCAAUGGUACCAAUGUUGUAGUAGUUGUAGAUGACAACUCAAAUGGACGUCCACAAGUAUAUACCGAAAAUGAAGCGCACGAAUCAUUAAUGAAUAGAAACAAUGAAACUUGUAUUUAG